AUGGUACCCUCAAUGGCUAAGUGGAGUUUCAUCCUCCUUUUCGUUUUGUUGAAAUAUCCUCAACAAGUAAAAGGAUGGAAGGAAGUUCCUUGGUUUGAUAGUACACAUGUUCUCUCAGCUCCAAAAGGACACUACGUGGAACUAAAGUUUACCAUGCGCAGUACCUGGUGGAAUCCACGACCAUGCCUACAGGAUAACUAUCUUGAGAUUCGUGACGGCAAUAGUCGGUCAGCCAACGUUCUUGGUGUAUUCUGUAGAGAUCACAAAACUGCUGUAGUGCGAUCCAGUGGACGGUACUUGUGGUUGAGUUUUUUCCCUGAUAACAGACUUGAUUUGAGUGCAGAAUAUUCGGAAAAAUCCUUCAAUCAAACAGCCACACCCACCAUGAUCCAAGUACCCAAGACACAGACUGUAUUUUCGAACAGAACCUCCGACCUGUGGUGCCCGGUGGAAGGUGCGCCAGCUCCAUACAUUGUAUGGAGAAAAAAUGGUGUUGUUGUUCAAAAUAGUACCAGUGUAAGAUAUCAGCUUGUAGCUGCAGAAAAGAAUGUGAAUUACAGCUGCGAGGUACGAAGAGAUAAUAACGUAUCAAGGAGAGAAAUCAGCCUCAGCAUUGAAGAGUGCCCAGGCCCUUGUGAGUGCCGCAUGUUGAAGGGAACAUACAAUCUGUCGCGUGUGAACUGUGCAGGAAAAGAAUUGAUGUCGUUUCCGUGGAAAAUUCCCCUCACCACAGCGGCGUUGAACUUGAGUAACAACCAGUUGAACGACUUGUCACAAGAUAUUUUCAGCAACAAUACUCACCUGGCUUGGCUGUAAGCUAAGAUUAAACAAAUCUGUACUGUGUGCAUUUCAAUUUAAAAGGGCAGUGAUAUCCUAACAGGGACUGACAAUGAUAUGUCGUUAAUAAAUAUAAGUAUUCGUCAUUAGCUGCUUUGAAAGCCAUUGCGUAUUCAACACAGUAACAUCUCUCACCUGGGAUGGCUGUAAGCUAACAUUCGU